AUGACGAGGGUCUGGUCACUCAUCAGAAGCUUCAAACGUGUCAAAACUAACUCUACCGCUAAUCACCUCGAACUUCAGAAAAGCUCUUACGAGGCGAUUUCCAAGCUGUGUCCCCCCUCCUGUUUUCCCAACUGUACCAAGUCUAUAGAGAAGAUGCUCCUUGAAGAUGCACAAAGCCCGAACACCUUCUCUCUUUUAAAUGAACCUUUCACCCUCAAAGACCUUGAUAGAGCGUUAUCUUCGGUCCGGAAGAAAUCUUCCCCAGGACUUGAUCAGAUUGACUAUGAGAUCAUUCUCAGUCUAUCCUCUGACCUCUUGAAGCACCUUCUAGAAAUUUAUAAUGAUAUAUUUACCCUUGGAGUUCUUCCGUCUACAUGGAUCAAUUCGCUCGUGGUUCUCAUCCCCAAGCCGGGAGUUACAUCGGUUAGACCGAUCUCUCUAAUUCCUUGCCUCGCCAAGAUCAUGGAACGGUUAAUAUAUUAUAGGGUAAUUUGGUAUAUUGAAUCGCGUCCAGUACUCCCUCAAAUUCAAUCGGAGUUUAGACCCUUUAGAUCUUGCGCAGAUAACUUGGCCUCGCUUACGACCAAAAUUUAUACUGGAUUCUUGAGUCGCUCUCCUACGGUUGCAGUCUUCAUUGACAUCGCCGGAGCGUUUGAUAAUGUUAUACCACACAUGCUUGUUAACGACCUUCUCGACAUAGAGGUACCUGCAUUUGUCAGAAAAUUUGUAGAGAACUUUAUUAGUAAGCGAUCCUUGAAUUUCAUUGUCGAUGGCGAACUUCUGGGCCCCUUCGAUUCUUUUAAGGGGACACUACAAGGCUCUACCCUCAGUCCGUUGCUUUUUAACAUCUAUCUCAAGGAUAUGGCCUCUCAUGUACAUGAAAAAGUUAGCUUACUGCAGUAUGCCGAUGAUGCGGUUAUAUUUACUACCUUAAGUAACGUCUCUGACGCUAUUAAAUACAUUCAAGAGUCUCUGAAUAACAUUUACGCCUAUCUGAGAAAUAGAGGACUAGACAACUCUCCAUCGAAAUCCAAGUGGAUGAUCUUCUCACGGAAUGUGAACAUUCUUUCUCCUCCUCCACUGCUGAUAAAUGAUCAAGAGAUUCCCAGAGUGAACUCACAUCGCUUCCUCGGGGUCAUCUUAGACCAUAAGUUGAAUGGCAAUCUUCAUCUUAAGUACCUCACUGAGAAGGGGAAAAAUAUUGUUAACAUCAUCACGGCGCUCGCAGGUGUCUCCUGGGGUUCUCACCCUAGCAUAUUACUUACCGUUUACCGCUCCAUCUUGGGUAGUGCAAUUGAAUAUGGGGCUCAAUUUUUCAACUGGGCUACGGAAUCUGCGGCUUUUGUUAAGCUUCUAAGAAUCCAAUACAAGGCGGUCAGGAGGGCUAUGGGAUACCGCAUUUCUACUCCCAUAAACACCAUGUUAGGCGAGGCGAGAAUUCCACCUCUACAUCUGAGAUUCAAUCUUUCCAUUACCAAACACAUCUACAAAUCAAUGGCUAACAAGUUCAGCGAAACGUACGCUGCAUUGAUUCAAAUGGAGCUGAUUGCUACUCGUAAGAACCGCAGAAUUGAGGCUAUCCGAGAUUCUCCUCUAUUUAAGAUAUACGUCACAGUUAGACACAACUCAAUCACCUUCUACACAGAUGGCUCCAAAGAGGCUGAUUGCUCGGUUGGCGCGGGAGUAUUCUCCCCGGAAUUAAACAUCCAAAUAGCUCAUAAACUCCCUGCGGAAACAUCGAUCUUUUCUGCAGAACUCUGGGCCAUUUAUCAGGCAGUUGUACUCGCGUUGGAUGCUGACCACAGUCGUAUCACCGUCUUCAGCGAUUCCAAGAGUGCCAUAGAGGCGAUUUGUGAUGAUAAACAUUACCAGAGGAACUAUAUUAUAUAUCGCGUCAAGCAGACUAUUCUUAGGGCAGCCAAAGUUCAGAUAUCUGUUACUCUUUUCUGGGUUCCCUCCCAUAAAGGAAUCCCAGGAAAUGAAACAGCCGACAGUAUAGCCAAAAAUGCUGCAACCAACGGAGUUUCCGCUAAUUUCAAAAUUUCUCAUGAAGACUUCUUCAGUGAGGCAAGGGAAGUUGCAAAGCACCGAUUUAACAGCUAUCUCAAGACCAGGGCUCAAUCCAAGGGCACUCUUCACUUUGAGCGCUACCCUCUGACUUCUAAGAAGACCUGGUUUCACGAAUACUCGCUUACGAGGGAAAAAGUUCACAGUAGUGGGGAUAGCUUCGCCAGCGAAGCACCCAUGAAAAGGAUUUCAGCAAAGAACGAAGAACGCUGGCUUCGUUUACGGCGGAGUGGGGGAUCAUCGCCAGCGAAGCUUCGCUGUAUGAAAUUGUACCUUUAG